AUGAUAUAUUUUCCCAAGGACAAUCCUCCAAAUAUCUCUCCUGAUUUGGCUGGUCGCACCGAGUGUUCAAGGGAAGGAAGGAAUUACAGGACAACUUUACACAAUGUACAGGAAUCUGACUCCAAUAUCUACCUUUGCAUUGAGUAUGUUACAGUCAAUGACCAUCACAAAAUACUGGAUGGGAAGAGAACCAUAGUAGUGGUGAAAGCUAAAACUGGUGGGGCUUUGAAGCAGUCCCCGCUCUAUGCCAGCCCUCAGCAAGGCCAGUCUGUCAGCAUCACCUGUGUGAUGAACAGCUCACGUGGGGACGAAGGGAUCUACUUGCUCAGGACUCAUGUGCAGCCUGAAAGUGUUCUGUCUGUGUCAAAUCAGAGUGCUACAAGGAUUCCACCUGCCUUUGCUGAGCGCUUGGAGUAUUGGAGGGAAGGGAAGCAAAUAGUGAUAACUCUGCACAACCUACAGGAGAACGACAGUGAUAACUAUGUCUGUGCUGAGGAGGUGAGACAUGGGAAAAACACCCGUCUCCUCUCAGCAAGUGGCACCAUGGUGCUGGUUAAAGAAGGGGAGCAGGCAUACUCCCAGAAGGCAUGCAGUGAUAGUUCCUGGUUCAUCUAUUCCCUCCUCAUCGUGGUGGCACUACUGUUUUGUGCACUGGUGUGCUGCACCUUGUACCAUGUCAAUGUUCUGUUCUGA